AUGGGGAAGUAUAAGUUAGGGAGUGACUGGACCCAAUGUAGACACCAGCAGCCCACCAUCAUCAUCCAUGCCAGCUUCACCCUCAUCAUCACCACCUCCAACCCCACCUGUAUCUCCACCUUUAUCAUCACAAGUGUCGUCAUUGAUUUCAUCCUCAUGGCCAUACUAGCCCUCACCCUCACUUUCAUCACAAGCUUAACCCCCAUCUCCAUCUCCAUCACCACCUCCGAUGCCAUAUUGGCAGCCAACAUGGCCCCAAGUUUCCUGCCAAACAUGACAGCAGUGAACCUGCCUGAGGACCUACCAGUGGGAGCUGAGGUCUUCUGGCUGGUGGCUCAGGACCGGGAUGGGGACCCUUUGACCUAUGGGAUCAGUGGCUCUGAAGCCUACUAUUUCAACGUCACCGUGGACACUGGGCAAGUGAGGCUGGCCAGCCCUCUGGACUAUGAGACCCGCUUCCACUUUGUCAUCACCAUCUUUGUGAGCGACAAUCACAACAACAGGGUGCAAAAGAACAUGCAGGUGAUCGUGGAGGACAGAAAUGACAAUGCCCCUGUCUUCCAGAACAUCAUUUUCUCCAUCAGUAUCAGUGAGACACUGCCGGUCGGCUCUGUGGUGACCACUGUGCUAGCUGAAGACAAAGACAUUGGAUCUGGGGGCUUGGUGGUAUACUUCAUAGAGAAGGUCAUACCUGACACUCCAGACAACCAGGACCUCUUCUCAAUGUUGGUCAAUGGCUCCAUUGUGCUCAAUGGCAGCCUUAGCUACAACAACAAGAGUGCCUUCUAUCAGCUGGAGCUGAAGGCUUGUGACUCAGGUGGCAUAUACAAGGACAAUUUCACCAUUCAGUGCUCCCCAUCUGUCUUCUUGUCCAUCUCAGUGAUUGACCAGCCAGACCUGGAUCCCCAGUUUGUCAGGGAGUUUUACUUGGUCUCUGUGUCUGAGAAUGAACCCAAAGGAACCUCUGUGCUGAAGGUGGAAGCUGUAGACAGAGACAAAGGUGUCAGUGAUGCUGUGACCUACAGCAUCUCCAACUCCACAAGGCCUGGCUGGUUUGACAUUGAGGCAGAUGGGGUCAUCAUAGUCAAUGGUUUCCUAGACCGUGAACAGCUACUGGAGGAGGAUGAGGAGGUGCAGGUGCAGGUCACGGCUACUGAGAAAAACCUUAACAUCUAUGGGCAGGAAGCCAAAGUGAACAUAUGGGUCACACUGAGGGUGACAGACGUCAAUGAUCACAAACCUGAGUUUUACAACUGCACCCUCCCGGACUGCACCUUCACACCCCAAGAAGCCCAAAUCAACUUCACUGGCUCCGUGUAUGAACAUGCCUCAGCCCGCAUUCCCAUUGACAACCUCACUCUGGUGGCCUACGACCCAGACAAGGGCAGUAAUGGCACCUUCCUGCUCUCCCUGAGCGGUCCUGAUGCUGAAGCCUUCAGCAUCUCCCCUGAGCGGGCUGCAGGCUCAGCAGAAGUGCAGGUGCUGGUAAAGAUGUCUGCGUUGGUGGACUACGAGAGGCAGACAGUGAUGCUGGUGCAGGUGGUGGCCACUGACUCAGUCAGCCAGAAUUUUUCCAUUGCCAUGGUGACCAUCCAUGUCAGAGACAUCAAUGAUCACCGGCCCACAUUCUCACAGAGCCUUUAUGUCCUUACUGUGCCAGAGCACAGUGCCAAUGGCUCUGUGGUCACCAAUAGCAUCCAUGUAAUUGACCCUGACACGGGUGAGGGUGGCCACAUCACCUAUAGCCUGCUCCCAGGGAAUGGGGCGGACCUCUUCGAGGUGAACCCAAACAAUGGGACUGUGACAGUGAGAAAUGGCUACCUGCUGGAUCGUGAGAAGCAGGCUGUGUACUACCUCACGCUGCAGGCCACGGAUGGUGGGAACCUGUCAGACUCCACCACCUUACAGAUAACCCUGUUGGACAUCAAUGACAAGAUGCCUGUGAUCAACGGCUUCUACAACAUCUUUGUCCAGGAGGAACGAGAAAAUGUCUCCGUGACCAUCCAGGCCCAUGAUGAGGACGAGCCUGGCACCGACAACAGCCGCUUAUACUUCAGCCUGCUGCCUAGCUCCUACAGCCACAACUUCUCAGUGGACCCUGACACAGGGCUCCUCAGAAACCUGGAGCCCUUGGACCGAGAGGCCAUUGACCCCAAACUGGGGGGCCGCAUUGUGCUGACUGUGCGCGUGGCUGACAGUGGUGUGCCUGUUCUCAGCACUGAAGUCAAUGUCACCAUCAAUGUCGAGGACAUCAAUGAUAACCUGCCUGUCUUCAACCAGUCCAGUUACUCCUUCUCAGUGAAGGAAAAAGAUCCAGGAGCAGUGGUGGGUGUGGUGGUGGCCUGGGAUGCAGACCAGACAGAAGCCAACAACCGUAUCAGUUUCAGCCUGUUAGGAAGUGGCUCCAACAACUUCAUGCUCCGAGGCUCACUGUUAAGUUCUGGGUUGGCUAUGGGCCACCUCCAGCUGCCCAGGGAUGUGAGUCUAGACAAAGAGACACAGGGCCCCUUCAAUCUGAUAGUGACUGCCAUGGACCCAGACCCCCAGGCUGAGACAACAACAACUGUCCUUGUGACUGUGAAGGAUGUGAAUGAUGAGCCACCUACCCUGGACCUGGCCUCACUUCAGGGCAUCCGUGUGGCUGAAAAUGGCUCACAAUAUGGCCUGGUGGCUCAGGUGAUUGCUGAGGAUGUGGACACCGAUGCACAGCUGGAGAUCCAACUUAUGAAUGUCAUCUGUACCAAGGCAGGGGUUGAUGUGGGCAGCCUGUGCCAUGGCUGGUUCUCUGUGGUGGCCAAUGGCUCUGUGUUCAUCAAUCAGAGUAAGGCCAUUGACUAUGAGGCCUGCGACCUGGUCACUCUCAUUGUACGAGCCUACGACCUCAUGACAGACUUCCGCUUCCAGGCCUACAGUGACAAUGGAACCCUUCUCAUCACCAUUGAGGAUGUGAAUGACAAUGCACCCUAUUUUCUACCUGAGAAUAAGACUUUUGUGAUUAUUCCAGAACUUGUGAUGCCAAACCAGCAAGUGGCUUCUGUCCAGGCCAGAGACGAUGACUCAGGGGACAAUGGGGCCAUCUUGUUCUCCAUCCUUCAAACACACUUCCUCUCUAAGGACGGAGCCAACACCUCUUUCCAGGGCUUCUUCCGGAUUUCCACCUCCUCGGAGGCCAAUAUGUUCACUGGCAACAUUGAGCUGGUGACCAACCUUGAUCCCACUCUCCAAGGCACCUAUCAAGUGACAGUCCAGGCCCAGGACAGACCUUCUGUGGGUGCUGCCCAGGAAGCCAGAAUCACCCUGAACCUCUUCACUGUGGACCAGAGUUAUCGCGUGAGACUGCAGUUCUCCAUGCACAAGGAGGAGGUGGGCGCCAAGCUGGAUGAGAUUAAGGAGGCUCUUGCCCAGGCAACAAGGACUACUGUCUACAUUGUGAGCAUUCAGAACAUAGACACCACAACUCGGGCCCGGAGCCGCUCCUACCUCGAUGCCUACUUCGUCUUCCCAAAUGGGUCUGCCCUGACCGUUAAUGAGCUGAUUGUGAUGAUCCGGAAAGACCAGGACUCACUGACACAAUUGCUGCAGCUGGGCCUGGUGGUGGUGGGCUCCCAGGAGAGCCAGGAGUCAGACCAGCCAAAGGUGCUUGUAAGCGUCAUCGUGGGACUUGGGCUGGCUUUGCUGCUGGUCCUGGUGAUCAUGACCAUGGCCCUCGUGUGUAUCCGGAAGAGCUACCGCCGGAAGCUUUGGGCUAUGAAGGCUGCCAAGGAGGCCCGGAGGACAGCAGCGGGGGUGAUGCCCUCAGCCCCUGCCAUCCCUGGGACUAAUGUGUACAAUGCUGAGCGUGCCAACCCCAUGCUGAACCUCCCCACUAAGGACCUGGGUUUUGAGUCCCUCUCUUCCUCUAGUGACUUGGACCACGUCAGCCUCAACUCCCUGGAUGACAACACUGUGGACCUGGACCAGAACAGGCAGGAAAUCAAGGCAAGACAGGGACCACUGUCCAGUCCCAUGGAGCCAGAUGCAGAGCCCCUGAGCCUGGUGCUGUCAGGAAGGCAGGCCGGCACCAGCAGCCAGCAGGAAGCAUUAUCCUUCACCAACGCUGGCCUGGACACCACAGACCUGUGA